AUGAUCAGGAUCCCGUUGGCCCCUCUACGCCUGACCGACUACACGCGCCUUACGUCCCCCUUGUCACCUCACAAGCGGAAGAGUGGCCGUAGUAGUGGUUCCGGUAGCACUGCAAGUUCGAGGACGAGCCGUUCGAGCGUUUCGUCGGUCGCCACGCCCAGUGGAGACGCGUCGAGUGAGGCCAGUGCGAGUACGAGGACGAGUACGAGUACGAGGGGCACACGCUUGUCGAGUACGAUGGCGUCUUCGUUAUUGCCUUCACCUUUCGGAACGACGACGACAACUACACCCCCCCUUGCGCGGAGUAGUAGCGAGGCGGGACGGCCCUUGAAGACGCUGUACGAGGCGCCGCGACCUUCGUCAUCCUCCUCGGCGCGGGCGAUGGCGCAUGAAGACGAACAAGGCGACGACGAUGACGACGAUUCACCCGAUGAACUGGUGGCACAGACGAAUCGAGCAGCAACUACACCACCGAGGAGGUUGAUGGACCUUUUCCUCAGCUCGGCGGCCAAGGAGAGGGAAGCAUCCGUCUCGGCAGGUCGAGCCCAUUCGCCGCGCUCACCGCAACCGCGUAGUCGGACCAGGAGCGAACCCGUUCAUCUCAGUCCGUCGAGGAAUGCAGCAAGAGCAUCGGCCACGCCUGCUCCUGCACCCACGAGCAAGGAUGAGGAGAUGGCUGCGGCACCGAGUAAGUCUAGUCGAUCAUGCACCUCAGCUGGCAGCACUUGCUGACUUUUGUUACCCGAAACCAGCGUGGUCGUUCUACGAAGAUCCAGUCGAACCCGCACCCGUCGCGUCGACCACAGCGAACGGAGCAAACGACUCCACCUUGGAUACCGAAGCGGACGAAGUCGAAUACCACGACGAGAACACGAAACCCUCACCAACCUCAUUGGCGCGCCUACUGCGGCAUCGAUCCCUCGCCCCCGUCGAAGCACCGAGGCUAAUGCCCUCCCCCACCUCGAUGACAAUUCCUUCCGCGCCCGUCCCGCAGACCCAAGUUGCCCCACCUUUGACGCCCCCACCUACUACCUUGGAAUGGAACGAGAUGCACACUAUCACGGCGAUCGCGAUCCCUGGGUCACCGCCUUCCAUCUUCCCCACCUGGGACCCGAUCGAGGACUCAACCAGAAGGCAAAGCUUCUUCGGCGAUACGGGCAACCAUUCGUUCGACUCGAGGAUAUCGUCCUCGCAUGGGUGUGACGAGAUAGGCAGAAAACGAAGUGGUCUUGGAGAGGAAGAGCUGUUAGAAGAGGCGCAUGAGGGGAAGAGGAUGAGGUUGUCCAGCGAGUGA